UACACGGUCACACCAGUCAAAUCGAGCAUUAUUAUUCAUCUGGUAAAACAAACAGAAGAAAUGAAAAGAGGGUUUAGGGUUUUUUCUUCCUUGGUUGAAUUUCAAUCUGCUCGAGUCGGAUCGAUGCUUACCACUUGUCCUCUACUAUUACCGAAACUAAGGUUUGCAUAGACGCAAUCUCAGGUUAUUCUCUCCAUUCCUCUCAUAACUGAUUUAUCUUCAGUUCAAGAAAGUAACCAUGGCAAAGAUAAAGUCACCGAGUUUAUACGUUGAUAAAUUCAGUAGUAUACCAGAUGCCCUAAUACAUCAUAUUUUCUCAUUCAUGGAUAUGAAACCACUGUGUUGUCUAGAAGAUUUCGGUAUAUUUGGGUUUCUCUACCUACUUUGAAUUCCGAUUCUGAUGUAUUUUUUCGUCAUAGAAGGGGGACGAAUGGCUCGAUUUAUAGAUUUUGUAGACAGUGUACUUAUUGUUCGAGAUAAUUCUGAUAUUCAAAGGUUUAAUAUUAUUUGGCAUUAUGUAGAAUCUGAUAUGCUUGAAAGUCGUAUAAAUGGAUGGAUACUUGGUGUCUUUAAGAUGUUAUUGGAGAAUUAUGUGGUGAUGUUAAUGUUGAUAUGAAAUAUCAAUUUCCAAGUUGUCUUUUUGAUUGUAAAAUAUUGCUAAGUUAGAGUUAGAAAUGGGAGGCAAAGAAAACUCAAAGCUUGUUCUUCCAAAGUCAAUUGAUUUGCCUGUUCUUCUGUGACUGAAUCUUGGUUCACUAUCAACUGAUGAUGUGGAGUUAGCUAGUAAACUUUUAAGUUUUCCUCAGCAAUUGGUCAUAAAGGAUUGUGAUAUAGCAACAGACAAUCUUUUGAAUCUCAGUAUCAGUUCUAUUAAACUGAAGCAGUUUGAGCUAAGCAAUUGUGGUCACCUUUAUACGCCGUAGUAUAACAUGGCGAAGAUUAUCAAGUUGAAUGCUCCAAAUCUUUUCUUAUUUGACAUGCUAAGAUUACAUGUCACUAGACUAUUCAUUAGAGAACUUAUCUUUUCUAGUCAUUGCUGAUAUUGUAGUGAUAUUAUAAGAAGAGUAGUGAUAUUAUAAGAAGAAGAUGAGUCUCUAGAAUUAUAUAAAGAGUUUUGUGCAGAGGAGAAAGAGUUGUUUGCCAAACGAAUGACAAAAUUUUUAUGGGCACUGUGUAACGUGAAAGAACUGAGAUUAUCAUAUGGGUUUAUUGAGGUUAUUUCAGCAGCUCCUGAGUUACAAGAUUGUAGAAACCCCAAGUUUUUUAAUCUACGAUAUUUGAAAUGUCGAUUACUGGAGAGAGCUUGCAAGCAGUAGUAUGCUUAUUUAGGAUCUCUCCUGAAUCUCUUUUCUUGGAGUUAAAUGAGUUCUGACUUAUUCUUAUCGGGUGAUUUUCAUAAAGUUCAAUUCAGAAAACAUAGGAGAAGAUUGGAAUAGAGGGUUGUUAUCGCCAACAGUGUUGUCUCAUCUCAAGUUAGUGGAGAUGAAAGGUGUUCAAGGAUGUAAUAAUGAACUUAAGAUUAUCGAGUUUUUGUUGAAGAAUGCUAUGCUCUUGGAGGAACUAGUUCUAUUUAGUUGCAAACAGAACUCGUCAUCUGGUAAACCUGUCAGACACUUGAGGAAGUUUUACAACAAGAUACGAACACUUCCUAGAACUUCUUCGAGUAUUGGCUUCUUUUUCUUUUAACUUCGGUAGAUGGCAACAAGACAUCAUGAGGUUACUACUUUUAUUUAUGUAGCAAAAUUGCAAGGUUUUAUUGAUAUGCACAGAAGAACAUGUUACCGCUGUUUGAUAUUGUUUAGAUUUUUCUUACUCAUCCAUUUUUUGCAUAUGCAAGAUCCAAAAGCAUAAACAUAACACUGUAAAUAUAUUAUGGCUAAGUCUAGGCACCCCAUUGGAGAGAAGAAGAAGCUAGAAGUAAACAGAUUAAUUACAAAGCAACUGGGUAACCACUGUGAGAAAUUACCAAUCUCUUCCAGCCUGAUCAGUCUUACUGUUUAUGUUUAUAUUUCAUUGUUUAGGAUUAGCAUCUUAUUCGUACACUUUUCUUACACCUUGCUUAUCUAUAUGAUCCUAAGGUUUCCUUUGCUAGUAUAUUGGUCUCAGGGAGGCCAGAAAUUUGUAAAAGGAAUGUACGGAUAAGUUUAGCUGUUAUUUGAAAUCUUUAGGAUUUGGAAUUUAUUGAAAGACUAAUAAGGAACACUUUAAAGGCACAAUUUCGUACAGUCUGGCGGAGUUUUCAUUCAACAUUCAGCACUCGAAUCAGCAAACGCCAACGCACCGGAUUGACGAUUGCGUACUUGCCCCGUGUCCGGCUUCAGAUCUGCAAUCUAAAAAUUUCGUCACAAAAUUCAUGGAAGAACCAAUAAAUACUCCAUUUACUAAUACUGAAGAUAGAAUCAGCAAGUUACCAGAUGAUAUGAUUCUUCAAAUCUUUUCCUUUCUCGACAUGAAACAGGUAGUCCAAACAAGUGUUUUAGCAAGAAGAUGGAAAUCUAUCUGGAUUUCGCUUUUAAUUUUAAGCUUCGACCUCAAUUUGUUCAAAUCGACCUUAACUGGAUGUACUGAUCCUGAUGCUUUCACAGCUUUUGUCAACUGGAUACUCAUGGUUCGUCACAGCAAUUCUGGUAUUCAGAGAUUUCAUCUUAAGUUGAAAACCCUUGAUUGCUCUAGGUAUUUUGAUUUGACAGGCCGUAUUAAUACAUGGAUAUUUGGUUGUCUGCAAUCUAAUGUUCAAGAGCUAUCUUUUGAUGUCGGUUUAUUGGCAUACCAAAGUUAUAAGUUUCCUCUUUGCCUCUUUAAUUCUAAGUCGCUGACAAAGUUAGUAUUGAAGUUAGGUUGUAUGUUGGCGGUGGAGAUUGUUCUACCAGACACAAUGGAUUUACCUAUGCUUAAAUAUUUGAAGCUCUGUGGUCUUUCUAUAUAUCAAGAAAAUUUGAAUGCUAAACUCUUCUUAAGCUGCCCGGUUCUAGAAUCAUUGAACAUAACAAGAUGUAAUGUGAAUCUCAAUGAUGUUUGUGUUGCUCCUAAACUUAAAUACUUCAAAUUGAAAUACAAUGAUUAUAAUGUAGAUGGAGGUGAUACUAUUAGCUUACAUGCUCCAUGUCUCAAAUCCUUUAUCUGUAAGAAUUACAUGUUUCGUGAAUAUAAUGUCAAGAACCUUGCAUCUUUAGUCACUGCUGAUAUUACAAUGAUGGUAGAAGACGAAGAAGAUAAUUCAUUCUCAGAGCUUUCUGAUCUGGAUAAAGAAUUUUGUACUGCAAGUAUGAUAAGGUUGCUGGAAUCGCUUCAUUGUGUGAGAGAUCUAGCACUAUCGUAUUGGUUCCUUGAGGCUGUCUCUGAAGAUCCUCAAUUGCUAGUUGAUGAACUAUCUGACCACUUUGGGAAUUUACAAAAUUUGAAGCUACAAACAUUUCUUUCAGAAGAGUCCAUUUGUGCAAUAACACAGUUACUCAACAUUUCUACUAAUAUUGAAUCACUCAAAGUUAUUAUAGUUAAGGAUUUCGUUCCAAACCCUCUGAUGUAUCGAUCCAUUGACGAGAUAAUGUUUGAUCCUAAAGCAGAUGACUGGGAACAGGUACUGCUGCUAUUGUAUCACCUCAAGUUUGUUAUGAUUGUUGGCGUUCAAUGCCGUAUCAAUGGACUCAAGUUUCUGAAGAUGUUAUUUAAGAAGGCUGUGGCCCUGGAAAAAGUGUUUCUAUACUAUGAUUCUGUAUCUCCAAUUGUAGCAGAAGCUUUCUCUCGGAAGCUUAUGACAUUCCCGAUAGCUUCUUCAAGUAUCUCAUUCAAGUGGUGGUUGGUUACUUCAUAGACUUUCUUUAGAAAGAUAGUAUCUCUGGAUGCAGAGGUUUUCUGUCUUAUUUUUACAUGUUAGCUGAGAUGGCAUGCGUAAUCUUUCCCGUCUGAUGCCCAAUUUCCUGUAGUCAAGGCACGGCGAACUAUUUAUUGGGUUCCAUUAGUUUCCCAGUGUCUGUGAUACCUUGUUGUUUCCUUCCUUUAGGUUGCAUGUUUCUUCUUUUUUGUUCCCGAGUGGAGGCACUGUUGGGUGUGCUUCUCAGUCCUGCCCCCCUUGUUGUAUCCCUUUGUUCUUUUUAAUAAAUUUUUUUUGCUGG